UUUUUUUUCAUACAGUGUGGUUUUGUUGCGCUGUGCGGUUGGGCAAUGCAAGACCUCGCCGUCGUCGCGCUCUUCUACUGCGUUGUGCAUUGUUCGACGACGCCGUCCAGGGCGUAGCGCGUCCGGCGGUGUCCCUUUUCGCGACGUCCCGUGAUGUGCUGCGAGGCCUGUGAGCGGCGGUACCGCGUCGUCGACGCGACGUGCGGCGGCCCGACCUAAUGGCAGCGCCCAUGCGCUACGCUAGGAAGAGGCGUGGGCCGACGGCGUCUGCCGCCGCCGCCGCUGCCAACGCCGGCUUCGUGCCGGUACCCGUCGACGCCGGCGGCGGCGGUGAAGUCGUCGAGGAAUUUAGCCACAGCGGCACAGGCGGCGGCGCCUACUUGAUAUUGACGGACAAUCCCACUUGGUGGAGUAUACAACACAGAACGCAGAACCCAGUGCAGGUUUCUCGAGAAGACUACAGAUUGCAACACGCCUACUCGCUACCGAGAGGGGGCGUGGGCAGCGCUGGCGGGGCCCAUGAGAUGAAUAAGCAGGCGCUGGGGUCACAGCCUCCCCCACCAGGCGGGCUGUACCUGGCCCAGGGCCCCUCACCCCUGGGACAGGGUCCCCCCCAGCAGGCACCCCAGCCUCAACACCCCGGCGCCAUGCACGUGGGGCAGGCGUACUAUCAGGCGAGGCAGCCGCAACAGGUGCAGCAGGGGCCUCCACAACCUCCCAAUCCACAAGCUGCACCACCUCAGGUGCAGGUGGGGCCCCAGCAAGUGGGCGCUGGGGGUGGCCGUGGUCCUGGCGGGGGCGGGCCCCCGUCCAUGGGCAGACCACCUCCCCUGGCUCAAGCAGCACAGCUAGGGCUGAGCCCCCUUGGCACACCCCCCGGAGCACCCCCACAGCCCCCCGUGGCCGCUGCGGCCGGCUACCCGGGUGCCCUGAUGCCCAACUUCGCGAACCAGGCAGCGGGAUACCCGGCACCCCAGCACAUGCCCCAGCAGCCCAUCAUACUGGGCAACUGCAUGCCGUAUUCUCAACGGCCUGGCCAGUUCAACCCAGCAGCCCAGUACACCGUUUACCAGUCAUUCCUCCAGCCCCAACAAGCCACGCAGAUGUACUAUAAUCCUGCGCCAGGGAUGGUCUCUGUGACCCUACCAGGUGGUGGCGCACCGCCCCAGGUGCAGGCACCUCGGGGGCCGCAAGCUUACCAGCAAGGUGCUCAGCAGCUUCCGCCGCGGCAGCGGCACAUCCUCGAGAUCAAGGACCCCUACACAGGCAGGAAUGUCCUCGAAGAUCUCAACUCCGCACCCGCAGAGACUACGACCCCGACAGCGCCGGAGCAGCAAUCGGGGGCCAGCGACAUUGCUGGCGUGUUUGCCGCUCAGGUGGCUGCUGCUGCCGCAGCCUCUUCGUCGGGUCCCCCGCCGACCAAAGUCUCCACGCCGCCGGUACUAGAACCCCCUCCUCCUCCCGUUGAAGAGGUCAGCCCCCACGAAGAGGUCUCCGCCCCAGUCGAGGAGAGGAGAGAGACUCGCGCUUCUCCGACGCCUCCGCCUGCGGCGGCAUCAACUGCCGUGCCGACCGAGCUUAGAGGAGCGGAGGUGGCAACGACACGAGGCGUUUCCACAGAGGAAGCGGCGGAGCCUGCCGCGGCUCUGUCGACCAGCGUAGACGUGGCCGAAGCGCCGUCGUACACCAGUGAUGCAGAGAGUGCAGUGCUUGCGGCAGAAGUGGUGGACACGCGGAACAGUGCUGCUGCUGUGGCAGAGGGAAGGACGCCUGUGGUUGUGGAAGAGGUAGCUCCGGCAGCCGCUGUGACGCUGGCUGCGAGGAAGGACGCCGAGGAAACGCCGGCCGUGCCUGCCAAGACGCCCGCUUCUGUGGCAGCGUCUGCAGAAACUGUGCGGGAGACGACAGAUGGGAGGGAGAGCAGAAAGUCUGCCAAGAAGAAGAAGAUGAAAGAGUGGAACAAGAAGGGGGAGAACAAGGAGGGUGGCGACAUGGAUGCCUUUGUCGACAAGGAGGAGCAGUCGGCAGCCCAGCCAAGUGUGGCAGCCGCUGUGGCUCCUGAGGCCCCUGCCAGGACACCCACACCCCCAAUGAGGCUCAGCCCCGCACCCCCAACCUCUGUUGCGACCCCAGCAGUUGCCGCAGUCACACCUGCCGCCACUGGCCCCACGUCUCCUCCCGCCGCAGAGCCUGCACCCGCUGCACCAGCAGCCGCUCUGGCCACCGCGCCCACAUCACCCGACCAGACGGACUCCUCUGCUGGCGAGGAUGAGCAGCACAGGAAGGCGGUAAAAAUGAAGAACGAAGAGAACCUGAGGGUCUCUCGGGAGGCCGCUGCCGUAACUCCCACUGCCACGGGCGACGGACUGGAGAAGGGUGACGCGGAAGCUAACGAGGACGUCUCCGAGGCCCCGGCAUCUUGUCCGGCGGAAGACAUGGAAGACGGCGAAGAAAACGAGGAGGCCGAAGAGGAGGAUGAGGAGGAGAAUGGUAGCAAGGAGAGCGGGGACGCCAAGGCUCCCGUGCUCAAGUACAGCUAUCGCGAGGACCAGUGGAGCCCCCUGAACCCGGAGGGGCGUAAGCAGUACGACCGGCAGUUCUUGCUCAUGCUCCAGGGAGAGCCCAUGUCCCUGAAGAAGCCAUUCGGCCUGCCCAACCUGGACGUCAUCAAGGACACGGCCAUGCAGCACAAGCUUCCCGACCUUCCGCGAGGAGGCCCGUACCAGGGCGGUGGCCAGUCUUCCAUGGGUGGCGGCCCCGGCGGAGGAGCCAUGGGUCGCGGUGCCCACCCCGAACACUUGUUCAUGCCUCCGUACGCGCGCAACGGCGUGGCACGGCCGCCCCCCGGAGGGGGUGGCGGCGGACCCGGCCGGAGGCAGAGCCAGCCUGGCCGUGGUGGGGACAAGCCCAAGAAGGUGAUCACGCUGUCGAGCUCGCUCAACCAGGAUGUCAAGCUGCAUGCGGCACAGAACGCCUGGAAGCCCUCGCACAAGUCGGCCGCCGAGAUUGCGGAUGAGGAGGCUGCUUCAGCCGAGGAGCUGUACCGGCGGGUCCGGGGUAUUCUCAACAAGCUGACGCCCCAGAAGUUCCAGUCGCUCGUGGAGCAGGUGCGCAACCUCGAGAUCAACUCAGAGGAGCGCCUCAACAAGGUCAUCGACCUGGUCUUCGAGAAGGCCCUCGACGAGCCAAACUUCAGUGUGCCGUAUGCGAACAUGUGCAAGCACCUGGCCAUGUUCGAGGUGCCCAUCGCCAACGACCCCGAGGGCCGUAUGGUGAACUUCCGUAAGCUGCUGCUGCUCAAGUGCCAGAAGGAGUUCGAGAAGGACGUCAGCGACGACAUCCGCAAGGCGGAUCGGCUCAAGAAGAUCGAGGAGGCCACCAGCGAGGAGGAGAAGGCCAAGCUCAUGGACGAGCUCCUCGACGACGAGAAGAAGUCCAAGCGGCGCUCUCUAGGCAACAUUCGCUUUAUAGGAGAACUUUACAAUUUGAACAUGCUGACGGCGCCCAUCAUGUUCGACUGCCUGCGGCGGCUAAUCAACUCCAACGACGAGGACUCGCUGGAGUGCCUCUGCAAGCUCCUCAUCACGAUUGGCAAGGAGCUCGACUCGGCUGCUGCGAAAGGAGCACAGGGUGGUAAGGUGAAUCCUAAAAUGCAGCUGGACGAGUACUUCCGCAAGAUGGAAAACAUCGUCAAGAAGCGGGAGGUCUCGCUACGGGUCGUCUUCAUGCUGCAGGACGUCAUCGACCUUCGCCAGAGGAAAUGGAUCCCUCGACGAGACGAGAACAUCCCGAAGACAAUCGACCAGAUCCACGAGGAGGCUCAGCGGGAGCAGGUGAACGAGGAGCUGAUGCGGGACAGCAUGCCGCGGCCAAAGCGUGGCGAGGACCGCCGCAAGGGCGGCCGCGCCGGCGGUGGCGGGGGCUUUGAGGACGGCUGGAACACGGUGCCCAGCAAGAAGCAUGUGGACUUCAACAAGCUCAAGCAGAUCAGCACCAAGCAGACGGAGAUGGACACCAUACAGCUGGGGCCUGGGUCUCGCAUGUCCUCCUGGGCCAAGGGCAGCAGCGGUGGCGGCAAGUCCUCAAGCCAGGAGCCUGAGGGACGACCGCCCGGCGCCACAAAUCGCUUUUCCGCCCUGGCCGACGCGCCGUCUUACGACUCUCGGCGGGGCGCCCAGCGGUCAACUGCCUCGAGUCGGGAGUCGAGCCGCGGACGAGGCGGGAGCCAGCAGCAGUCGCCCAUGCCGUCGUCAAUGGGCGCACGCAAGACUCCGUCACAGUCGCGCGAGCGGGACGCUGCUCUGGCUGCGGUCAAGAACAUCACUUCGGCCAACGCCCCUGCGGCUGCAGCCGCUGCCCCUGCGUCGUCUCACGAGCCGGAGCCGGCCUCCGCCCGGGAGGACAAGUCCCGGGAGCCGGACGUGGUCCUCCGGGGCCCGGCCAACAUGGACGAGGACACUCUGAAGACGCGGACAGAGGCCUUGGUGGACCAGUUCCUGUGCAACAGCGACCUGCCGGACGCAGUGCAGAAUGUGGUGGAGCUUGCGUCGCCAGGCAACGUGCACCAGUUUGUGUCUACAGCCAUCGCGCACACGUUGGAGCGCAACCCCGACGCCCGCCGGCUGACGGGCCAGCUGCUCAAGGAGCUCCUCAAGCGCAAGGUGUUCUCGCUGGACGUCUUCACCAAGGGGCUGCACGAGGUGCUCGAGUACGGCGAGGACAUGGAGCUGGACAUCCCCAAGGUGUGGGAGUACAUGGCCGAGCUGGUCUCGCCACUCUUCCUCGACCUGCUGGCCCUGCAGUACCUGCGCGACGCCACCGAGCCCCUGCGCCCCAUUGGUCGGGCGGGACGAUUGGCUGCCUGUGUGCUGGCCUUCCUCGCCAAGACCCUGGGCGAGGCCGCUGUGGUCAACAUGUGGAGGACAGCGGGCCUCCAGUGGAGCCAUUUCCUGAAGCCCGGGGAGGAUGCCGAAGCCUUCGCAAAGGCUAACGGUGUUGCCUUUACACUGGGAGGAGUGCCGGCCACUCCGAGCGCAGGCAGCGGUGCGCCCACGGGUCGCACCGAAGGUGGAUCUGCCGCGCCCCCGCCAGAGCUGGAGUCCCAGCUCAACUUCCUGAUUCGCACCAAGGGAGCUCCUUCCCCCACCAUCAUUGAGUGGAUUGAGUCCAACCUUGGUGAUGCUCAGACGAAGAAGCCGCCAUUCAUCCGUGCCUUGGUAACUGCCGUAGCCGAGAAUGCCAUCACAUUGCUCAGUGAUGGCAAUGCCGAACUGAAGGAGGACCUCAUCAAGUCUUACACUGACCUCCUACAGAAGUACCUCAACCACGAUGAGGAGCGCGAAUUGCAAGCCCUGUAUGCGCUGCAGGCUCUUGUCAACCGCCUAGAGCACCCAAAAGGCAUCCUGGUGCACCUGUUCAACUCCUUCUACGACUGCGACCUGAUAUCCGAGGACGCUUUCCAUCGGUGGUCCGCCAGUGAAGACUUGGCCGAGCAGGAGGGCAAGGGCGUCGCCAUCAAGUCCACCACCUCCUUCUUCACCUGGCUCGCCGAAAUCGACGGAGAAUCCGGCGACGAGAACUGAGUUGGCAGCGGCCACCGCAGCCUGCCUGCCCCUCCUUGACCACUGCGUGAGCAGCGGGUUGGAACGAAAGAGUGGACAACAAAAGAUGGUCCCCGUCGUGCUCUCCCUGACUUCCGGCCGGACCAACAAGCACGGCUUCUUCCCUCCCCCAUCACAUCAAUGCAAGACUCUUAACGAUAGACAACGGAAUCUAUUGUUCCGUUGACUAGGGGGGAGGGACCAAAAAAUGAAGGGAUGCAAGGGCUUUGCAAACACUGGCUGGCCGCUGGUGAUCCCUUUCCCACUUUCUAUUCUUUCCUCGACUACGCUGCUUCUACUGUCCUCUUUGCAACUGUCCUGCUUUUAGAAUCUUCCAGGCAGUAAUUCCUUUUUUCUUUGUUAACGGCUGGGGGGAGUGUGCUUGCUCUUUCUCUCUGUCCUGCCUCUUUCCCGACCUUCAGCCAGCGGCCACCAACAAACUCGUCUCGUCGGGGAGGAAAAAUUUCAGUGUCUGUGAGCGCGUCGCCGGCCGCAGCCGACGACGCAUCAAAGAGCAGUGAAGGACGUGACACUUUUUUUUUUUUUUCGGUGACUGUGAACUCUGCAACAAGGACAAGUGAUAAAAGUGACUGAAUACAACAAUGCUUCACCCUUUUUCUUUUUUUUCUUUUCUCUACCCUAACCUUGUUCCCUCCCUCUUCGGAGGGAUUCUCAGAACGCCGCCUCUCCGGCUCCCUGAAUCCCAUUGAACUCUUCCGCGGAGGGUGGCUUUGUUUCAUUUUUUUUCUGCAUUUUUUUUAUGUGGACAGAUAUAUAUUUUUUUUCUUUCCACACUUUGUGCAAAAAGUGCCACCUUUCCUUCGUGUGCGUGACGACUCGACUUGGAAGCAUUCUUCGUUUUUAGGAUUGUGGCAACCACACGAACUGUUGCUGCCAGGCUUUUUCUUUUGCAGACUGGAAGCAGAUGUUUCAUGUUCAUUUGCUACAAUCAUGAUUGCUUCUAUUUCCUGGGUCUUUUGUAUCUGUUUGUUUUAACCAACUUUAAACUAGCCUUUCACCUUCUCUCUUUUGCUCCCCCGCGAGUUCGUCCCGUUUGCUUUCCGCGCAACCAAGGAAGAGAUGCGGCAGGGUUCUCAGCCUGUGCAUGCUAGACCUGCGUUUAUAUAUAACAUAUAUAUAUAUACACACACAUAUAUAUAAAUAUGAAAUAUAUAGGAAUAUAUUUGAAUGCAGGAUUGCAUCUUUCGCAAGAUGCGUCUCAGCGUCGCAGCCGUUUUCUCUGCUUGGAGCAAGACUGACGCCGGUAGGGAAGCGUCGCAGAGAGAUCUUUUUUUUUUUUUUUUCCUUUCCCUCCACUAGGUUAUUUUUAUAAGUUGAAAAUUUUUUUUCCCGGGUCAAGUCGCGACCGCACUUGGGCGGCACCACGAAUGGUGUGGACGACCGGGGAUGAGAACGAGACAGUCUUCCUUGUCGAGGCUACUUGACUUCGCGUCGGGAAGGCAACGUGAAAUUUUCAUCUCCUUAUUUAAAUAUAGUGAACAAAGUCUUCUACGGUGACGGUGUUGUUGUUUGGUGUAAAUGUGGAAAGUUGUAGAGAGGGGGGUGUGAAAAAAAUAUAUAUAUAAGAAUCUGUUUUCCACCGAAGAAAUUUUGCGAGCGCAGGAAAAAAAAAUGCAUACUGAGGUUUAAAAUUUAAAAUGCUCGCAAAUUUUCUUCUCUGGCGGGAAAUUUUCCAGUGUAGGGCCUCCUUAUAUUUUUUUCUUUGUCCCCGUCCUCUCCCGACUAUACCUUUCUUUAUUCAUUUUUUUAGCUAGGAAAAAAAAUAUUCAAAUUAAGCACUGUUGCCGAUGCUAGAGGAGGUGAGGCUCUCGAGCGAGGUACUGUUUGUAAAGGACGCUAGAAUUUUUUGGUACAACUAAGUCUCUCUCUGAGGGAACAAAAUGAAGCAAAAAAAAAAAGCAAAGGAGACCGUUUCGGUGCCUUUACAUGUAUUUAAGAUGCAAUUUUUUUUCCUACUUUCGUUUUCUUUCAGAAAAAAUAUUUUGGAGUGUGUGUGGGUGCAUGCAUGACUGCAAGAAGCGCUUGCAUCUUGUGCAGGGGUGUGUUAUGACUUUUUGAAGAUGAUGCAACAGAUUUUUGUUUUUUUUUCUUCCCUUAAAAGCAGGUGGGUGCACGUGAUUAGUGUGCACAUGCCACAUGGCUCGACGAGGGGGGAUAUAAAACAUGUACAUAUAACGUGGGGAACUGAAGACGUUCCACAUCUAUGAUUUUGAGCAGCGUAAAAAAAAAAGUGAAGAUUAAGAAUAAACUUUGACUUACAGACUUUA